UGAAUAAACUCGCUACCAUUGACAGGAUAAUACGCACUGCCUAUUUUGUAUACAGUAGAUGUUACAUGAAGAUAAAUGUGGACACCAUACUAGAUAAUGGUAUAUAGUGCCUGCUUAGGCUCAGCCACAGGGUUUUUGAUGAACGACUUUUAUGCUCUGACGUGGCUUGAGGUUUCAGCCAGCCAGGUUUGUUGGUCUCGAUUUUAUUAUCUUUUCACUGACCGCCACUAGCGAUGAUUCAGCACAAGCCUCAGUGGCGGUGUAAAUAUCGAGAUUUUGCUCUUUAUAAAAGCGGCUAUGGAGAUUUUAACUAUUGAUUCUUCGUUGAUUUUAUGUAAGCCCUUUUUCCUGUGCUUUGUUACCUUGCAAACUGGCACAAAAGCGCAUAGAAAAUUUUGAUUAUCAUCGAUGUUUGUUUCCUCUUUUACUUCUUGAAGAACCCUUUAAAUAUACAUACCCCUUCAUUAUGUCCACUCCAUCUCUACGUCUAGCUAGAAAUAAGCUGUUCAAAACACCGCCUAGAACCUUGACUGAAUAUGAGACAAUACGCCUUGCAUAUGAGCGUGCCCGUGUCUCUGCCCAUGAAUACAGAAUGACAAGUGAUGAUGUGAUGCACCUCACACCCAAAUUCUGGAAAUAUCAUUUGGACAUGAUACACCCUAUGGCAGCCUCAACAUUUGUCCUCGUCACAAUCCAGUAUAAUCUAGCAGCAGGCACAAUUGGGUUAUAUCUCGCAGACAGACCGGAUCUUCAAGAGCUGAUGGACCGAAUCAUGAAGUUUGAUGUCUCUGCUCAAUUCAUGCUUACUGAGCUCGGUCACGGCCUUGAUGCUAAGAAUUUGGAGACUACGGCCACAUUGCUACCCGAUGGUGGAUUUGAUCUUCAUUCACCGAACCCACAUGCGGCUAAACACAUGCCUCCUACCACACCAGUCAAUGGUUUCCCCCGUGUCGCCGUGGUUAUUGCUCGACUGGUUGUUGCCGGCGAGGAUCGUGGUGUUAGGCCAUUCAUUGUCUGGCUUAACGAUGGCUACAACAUGUGUGAUGGAAUAACAUCAAAAAAACUUCCCACCCGAGCUGGGGCCAAGCCGGUUGACCACGCGAUAACGAGCUUCAACCACGUCCGAUUACCAGCCUCAGCGCUUCUAGGCUCACUUGAAAAGCCCGAAAGCAUGCGCCUCAAUUUCCUAUCUACAAUACAACGUGUGACUGUUGGCACGUUAGCUUUAUCACUUAUUAUGAUUCCCGUGAUAAAACGCGCUGCUUAUGUUGCGGGCAUAUACAGCAUCCGACGGCAAGUGCAAGGAUACGAUGGAAGACCAGUCCCUAUUAUCUCGUUUCGAACGCAGCAGCGGCCCAUUCUACACGCUCUAGCCCAAGUUGCCGUGUUCGAAGCAUAUGCUCAAGAUAGUAUUCAAGGGUUUAUGCAGCCGGGCCUGAAUCCCCCAGUUCGCCAUGGUAUUGCUACUACUUUCAAGGCCGUCUUGAACUCUGCCACUCAGAUGACACUCUUCAAUCUCAGUGAACGGUGUGGAGCACAGGGUCUGUUUAAACAUAACCAUAUUAUCGAGAAUCAACUGGAGGCUCGGGGAAAUUCAAUUGCGGAAGGAGAUGUUACGGCGCUAUGCAUAAGACUGGCUGCCGAACUACUUUUAGGUCGAUACGAGAUGCCUGAAGCCCACGAUCCAUCAAGCCUCCUGGCCCAGCACGAGCAAGGUCUUUUCGACGAAUGCCGUACGGCCGCUGCCCAAAAAAUGAGCACCGACCACCGCAGCGUCGAAUUUAACAAUGCCAUUCUACCCCGUUGUCAAUCUCUCGUCGAAGCAAUCGGGCAUCGCAUGGCCUACGAGGCAGCUCUCGCCGCAGGAAUAGAUCCCGACCUACUUGCUCUCUACGAAGCCGGUGUUAUCAUGCAAGACUCAAGUUGGUAUGUCCAACACGCAGGUCUGACCCGCGAAAUGCAGUUUGAUCGUGAAUCGAGCGCGAUGAAUGCUGUUUUGCCGCGUUUAGAGCAGAUGUUGGAUGAUACGGAUGCAAAGGAAUAUGUUGAUGCGCCGAUUCUAUCGAAGGAUGCAUGGAAUGAUUUUGAGAAUUCUUUGGAUACCUUCAGACCACCGCUCGCAAAUACCAAUGGUUCUGCGCAGAUCCAGAGCAUGUUAUGAUGAUUAUCCUCGUGGGUAAUGGAGGGAUUGUUUGUUAUUUCAUAGAUAGAUGGUUAUAGAAUCAGGCACUUUAACCCGUAAAAUUCCUGUCUAAACGACGAAUAGUUUAGCUAUCUUUAACUUCACGGUCUUAAUUAAUGAGGUCUCAGAAGAAUGCCGUUCAGCCCUAACCCUAAC